UAGCAUAAAGUUACUAAACCCACCCCCAAACAUUGAUUGUAAUUGUACCCUCUCUCUCUCUCUCUCUCUCUCUCCUCACUGUCUGCAAUGCUACUUACGCAAUGCAUUCAAUUUUCAAUUGAAUUUUGAAUCUUAGAGAAAGAAACCUAAACCCAAACCCAAGUGAUGAAAUCAAGUACCAAAUAGAGUGUGACCACACCACCCAAUCUCACUCUCUUCUUUUAUCACUUUUUAUUAUUAAACUCAUUAAUGUGUUUCAUCCAUAAGCAAUAAUAAGAAGAAGAAGAAGCAGCUCAAGCUCAAGCUCACUCUCACUCUCUCCAAUGGCUCUCUCUCUUCUCUAUCUCCUCAUAAUCUCACUCUCCUUCUCCAACUUACCCUCUUCUUCUUCUUCUUCUUCUUCUUCUGAUAAUAAUAAUAAUAAUGUUAAUAAUGCUGCAAGGACCUUCAUAGUCCAAGUCCAGCCAAGCUCUAAACCCUCCAUUUUCCCAACCCACCAAGACUGGUACUCUUCCUCUCUCUCCUCUCUUUCUUCGGAUAAAGCCACUGCCCCCACUGUUCUCCACACUUACUCUACUGUCUUCCAUGGCUUCUCUGCCAAGCUUUCCCCAUCCCAAGCCCAGACACUUCAGUCCCUUGACCACGUCACCGCCAUUAUCCCCGAGCAAGUCCGCCAACUCCACACCACUCGCUCCCCCGAGUUCCUCGGCCUCCGCUCCACCGACGCCGCCGGUACCCUCCUUAGGGAGUCUGAUUUCGGGUCGGACCUUGUCAUCGGCGUCAUCGACACCGGCAUCUGGCCUGAACGCAAGUCAUUUCACGACCGAGACCUGGGCCCCACCCCCUCCAAGUGGAAGGGCCAGUGUGUCGCCGGCAAAGACUUCCCCGUCACCAUCUGCAACCGCAAGCUUAUCGGCGCUCGCUUCUUCUCCGCCGGCUUCGAGUCCACCAACGGAAAAAUGAACGAGACCACAGAGUACCGCUCCCCCCGCGACUCCGACGGCCACGGGACCCACACUGCCUCCAUCGCUGCCGGGAGGUACGUUUUCCCGGCUUCCACUCUCGGCUACGCCAAGGGCGUUGCCGCCGGAAUGGCUCCCAAGGCCCGGCUUGCCGCCUACAAGGUCUGCUGGAGCGCCGGCUGCUACGACUCCGAUAUCCUCGCCGCGUUCGACGCCGCCGUCGCCGACGGCUGCGACGUCGUUUCCCUCAGCGUCGGUGGCGUCGUCGUCCCCUACUACCUCGACGCCAUUGCCAUCGGCGCUUACGGAGCCUCCGACGCCGGCGUGUUCGUCUCGGCCUCCGCCGGCAACGGCGGUCCCGGAGGGCUCACCGUCACCAAUGUGGCACCGUGGGUGACAACCGUCGGCGCGGGAACCAUCGACAGGGACUUCCCGGCCGAUGUUAAGCUCGGGGACGGCAGAACAAUACCGGGCAUGAGCAUCUAUUCCGGGCCGGGUCUCGCUCCGGGUCGGAUGUACCCGCUGGUUUACGCGGGCGGCGUAGGCGGCGAUAGCUACUCCUCGUCUCUGUGUCUAGAAGGUUCUCUGAGUCAAGUAAAAGGGAAAAUCGUCGUCUGCGACAGAGGAAUUAAUUCAAGAGCCGCGAAAGGUGACGUGGUGAAGAAAGCCGGAGGCGUUGGUAUGAUACUCGCGAACGGGGUUUUCGACGGCGAAGGACUAGUAGCUGACUGCCACGUGUUACCCGCCACCGCGGUCGCUGCCUCCACGGGCGACGAAAUCAGGAGAUACAUCGCCACAUCCAAGUCUAAGUCCCCGCCUACAGCGACAAUUGUGUUCAAGGGGACUCGGAUCCGAGUUCGGCCCGCGCCGGUCGUGGCGUCGUUUUCAGCCCGCGGGCCAAACCCGGAGUCUCCGGAGAUAUUGAAGCCGGAUGUUAUCGCGCCCGGCUUGAAUAUAUUGGCGGCUUGGCCCGAUAAAGUCGGGCCCUCGGGCGUGGCUUCGGAUAAGAGAAACACGGAGUUCAAUAUCCUCUCGGGAACAUCAAUGGCUUGCCCACACGUGUCCGGCUUGGCGGCGCUGUUGAAAGCGGCGCAUCCAGAUUGGAGCCCGGCCGCCAUUAGAUCCGCCCUGAUGACUACUGCAUACACGGUGGACAAUCGGGGCGAGACCAUGCUGGACGGAUCCAGCGGCAACACUUCGAGCGUUAUGGACUUUGGGGCGGGUCAUGUCCACCCGCAAAAGGCAAUGGACCCGGGGUUGGUCUAUGACAUUCGCUCUUACGAUUACGUGGAUUUCUUGUGCAAUUCCAAUUAUACCACUAAGAACAUCCAGGUGGUGACUAGGAAGUUUGCCAAUUGCAAUGGGGCUAAGAGGGCAGGGCAUUCUGGGAACUUAAAUUACCCCUCCUUGUCUGUGGUGUUUCAGCAGUAUGGAAAGCAUAAGAUGUCUACUCAUUUUAUUCGGACCGUGACGAAUGUGGGUACGCCAAAUUCGGUUUAUCAGGUGACGAUUAAGCCAGCGGCAGGGAUGACGGUGACGGUGGAACCGGAGAAGCUUGCGUUUAGGAGGGUGGGGCAGAAGUUAAGUUUUCUUGUGAGGGUGCAAGCCUUGGCAGCGAAGCUAUCGCCUGGUAGCACUAGUGUGAAGAGUGGUUCUAUAGUUUGGUCUGAUGGGAAGCACACUGUGACUAGCCCCUUGGUUGUGACAAUGCAACAACCUCUCUAGAUGUUUGUAUGUGUGUGUGUUUAGGGUUUCGGUUUCGGGUUUCGGGUUUUAGGAAUUUUGCGCUCCUUAGACCUUGUUACAAAAGUUCAUAACUUAUCUCUCUCUCUAUAUAUAAAUAUGUAUGUAUAAUGAGAAUGUGUACUUUCAAGGUUUUCGACUCCAGAAAACUGGUGGGGUUUGGUUGGUUUGUUGUAAGAUUAAGAAGCAAAAACGUUUGUAGAAUGAAAAAAACAAAAAAAAAAAGGACGGUUUUGGUUUUGUAGUCUUUAAUGUAUAUUUGUUGAUCUCUAAA